AUGGAUUCAUCAUAUGACAGAAGCAAAACAAUCUAUGGAGUUUGGAUGAAAAAUGUGUGGUACCCUUCAAACGAUAAUAUUCACAGCGAUGGAUCAGUUAACAUCAAUAAAUUGAGCAUCGCUGGAAACCUGAAGGACAAAGACUGCACCACUCUGUUUCCUGAUCUACAAACAAGUUAUUCAGGCAAAUACUUCUUCAGAAUUGAGAACGCACUUUUCAAGGCUUCAGCUUGUGCUGAUUCUCUUCAAAUAUCAGUUAAAGAUUCUGCCUGGAGCCCUAACAUUAAAGUCUCAGGUGAUCUGAAGGAUCUGAAGGAGGAGGAGUCUGUCUCCAUCACCUGCUCAGCUCAGACUCCCUGUCCACACUCACCUCCUGAACUCACCUGGAGUCUCCAUCAAGACUCUCAGAGAACAGAGAAGAACCCAGAUGGAACGUUUACAACUAAAAUCCAGGAGAACAUGAUUCUGUCAGACACACAUGAUGGAGACAACAUCACAUGUUCUGUCAGAUAUCCUGUGGAUGGAGGGCAACGUAAGAAGACAGCAGAAACAAAUCUGACUCUCAGUGUUUCCUAUGCUCCUAAAAACACCUCAGCAUCCAUGGUGUCAGCAGGUACCUGGGUGGAGCUGAGCUGCUCCAGCAGAGCCAAGCCUCCUGCCAGAACCUUCACCUGGUUCAGGAACAGCAAACAUGGACCUGUUCUUGUUUCUGAAGGUCAGGUUUACAGGUUCAACGUCUCUGAGAGAGGAGAGUUUUACUGUGUGGCUCUAAAUGAUCUGGGGAACCAGAUGUCACCUGUGGUUCUUCUUACUGUUGAAGGUAAAUUACUCUUUUUAAAAAAAAAUCCAGAUAAGCAUCUACUGGUUCUCUGGGUGGUAGUUCCUUUAGUUCUCAUCUGUUUGGCUCUUUCUGUUUGGUGCUUCAGGUCCAAACGUUCAUCUCCACAACAAGAAGAAGAACUCCAUUAUGGAGAGGUGACCUUCAAGAGGAGUCCUGAAGCUUCCUCUGUUCCAGAGCAGGACGAAGGACAGGAGACGGUGUACUCUCAGGUCAAGGUGUCCAAGCCAGGAAAUAGAUCUGCUGCUCCAAAGGAUCUCUACGUUCAAGUUUAG